AUGUCAGCUGGUUUACGCAAAGCAUUUUCUACCGCCAAGGCUGAGAAUCGACCCGCCUUUGUCACUUUUAUCACUGCAGGAUACCCACAUCCCAACCUUACUGUGGAUAUUCUCCUCUCUCUUCAACGUGGUGGUGCCGAUGUCAUUGAACUUGGUAUUCCUUUCACUGAUCCAUUGGCCGAUGGUCCCACUAUUCAAUACUCCAACACGGUUUCACUCAAGUAUGGUACCGAUAUGACGAUGAGCUUGCAAAUGGUGCGUGAUGCACGCGCUCGUGGCCUUACCGUGCCUGUGGUAUUUAUGGGCUACUACAACCCCGUUUUGGCCUAUGGUGAAGAGAAGCUUGUCAAGGAUUGCAAGGAUGCUGGUGUCAAUGGAUACAUUAUGGUGGAUUUGCCACCUGAGGAAUCCCACAGCUUCCGCAACUUGUGUUUGAAACAUGGCAUGUCUUAUGUACCCCUGAUUGCCCCAUCCACCACCAACAGCCGUAUCCCACUUUUGACCGAGGUAUCGGAUGCAUUCAUUUACGUCGUAUCGCGUCUUGGCGUUACAGGUGCCACUAAGGAAGUAAACAAGGAAUUGCCAGAGAUGAUGGCUCGUAUCAAACAAUUCACCAAUGUGCCCUUGGCUGUUGGCUUUGGCGUGUCAACACGUGAGCAUUUUGAUCUUGUGGGUUCCCAUGGCGACGCUGUUGUUAUUGGAUCCCGUAUCAUCACCGUGAUUCGUGAAGCUGUGGAAGCUGGCAAGGAUGUUCCUCAAGUCGUGGAGCAAUACUGUUCAGAAGUAUGUGGUCGUAAGCCCGUGGAACUUGCUGCUGCAAGCACACAACCCCAGGCUGAUUUGGAAGUGACGGAUGCAGCUGGUCAAGGCGUCGUGGCUGUUGGCGAAGGCAAGAAACUCAAGAGCUUUUAUGAAUUGGCAACCUAUUUCGGUGACUUUGGUGGUGCUUUUGUACCUGAAGUCCUUGUUGAUUGCUUAACUCAACUCGAACGCGUGUUUAUCGAUUGCACCAACGAUCCUGCUUUCAAGGCUGAGUUUGAAUCAUACUAUGAUUAUAUUGCACGCCCAUCUCGUCUUCAACUUGCUGAUCGCAUGACUCAAGAAGCCGGUGGCGCUAACAUUUGGCUCAAGCGUGAAGACCUUAACCAUACCGGUUCUCACAAGAUCAAUAACGCCGUUGGUCAAAUCUUGCUUGCUAGACGUCUUGGCAAGAAGCGUAUCAUUGCUGAGACUGGUGCUGGUCAACAUGGUGUUGCUACGGCUACUGUGUGUGCCAAGUUUGGUAUGGAAUGUGUGGUCUAUAUGGGUGAAGAGGAUUGCCGUCGUCAAGGUUUGAAUGUCUUCCGUAUGCGCAUGUUGGGUGCCACCGUGGUUCCUGUUUCCAGUGGUUCACGUACUCUUAAGGAUGCUAUCAACGAAGCUAUGCGCGAUUGGGUCACCAACGUAUCGACUACUCAUUACCUUGUUGGCUCUGCCAUUGGUCCUCAUCCCUUCCCAAUGAUUGUGCGUCACUUCCAAUCCGUUAUUGGUAACGAAGCCAAGCUUCAACUCCAAGAAAAGCGUGGCAAGCUUCCUGAUGUUGUCAUGGCUUGUGUUGGUGGUGGAUCCAAUGCUAUUGGUAUGUUCCAUCCAUUUGUUGAGGAUAAGUCGGUGCGUAUCAUUGGUGUCGAAGCUGGUGGUAGCGGUAUCAACAGCGAUCGUCAUUCGGCUACUCUUAGCAAGGGCACUCCUGGUGUCCUUCACGGCACACGUACCUACUUGUUGCAAGAUGAAAAGGGUCAAAUCAUCGAAACCCACUCUGUUAGUGCUGGUCUUGAUUAUCCUGGUGUUGGCCCUGAGCAUUCUUAUCUUAAGGAUUCUGGUCGUGCUGAAUACCGCGUUGCUGAUGAUGCUCAAGCUCUUAUUGGUUUCCGAAAGCUCACUCAACUCGAAGGCAUCAUCCCAGCCCUUGAAUCAUCCCAUGCCUUGUAUCAUGCUCUUGAAGUCGCCAAGGAAUUACCAAAGGAUAAAGAUAUUGUUGUAUGUCUUUCUGGUAGAGGUGACAAGGAUAUGCACACCGUUGCAGAGGUUUUGCCUGAAUUAGGCCCCAAGAUUGGUUGGGACUUGCGUUUCUAA